CCCGGGCCGCGGCGGCGGAGAAGGAGGGAUGCCUCAGGUGCCAGCGACCUCGGCUCCUGCAGCCCGGAAGUGCCCGAGGGGCCGAGAUGGAGCUGGCUGAGCAGGGCGCUCGGUAGCGCGGCGGGCAAGGCAGGCGCCAUGACCCUGAUUGAAGGGGUGGGUGAUGAGGUGACCAUCCUUUUCUCGGUGCUUGCCUGCCUUCUGGUGCUGGCCCUUGCCUGGGUCUCAACACACACUGCUGAGGGUGCGGACCCACUGCCCCAGCCCUCAGGGACCCCAACGUCAGCACAGUCCAGCGAAGCCAUGGCAGCUACCGACAACAUCAGAGGAGAGGCCCCAGGGGCUGAGACCCCCAGCCUGAGACACAGAGGUCAAGCUGCACAGCCAGAGCCUAGCCCAGGGGUCAGAGCAACACCGCCACCCCCGGACUCCCCACAGGAGCCCCUAGUGCUCCGGCUGAAAUUCCUCAAUGAUUCAGAGCAGGUGGCCAGAGUCUGGCCCCAGGACACCAUUGGCUCUUUGAAAAGGACCCAGUUUCCAGGCCGGGAACAGCAGGUACGACUCAUCUACCAAGGGCAGCUGCUAGGAGACGACACCCAGACCCUGGGCAGCCUUCACCUCCCUCCCAACUGUGUUCUCCACUGCCACGUGUCCACGAGGGUCGGGCCCCCACAUCCCCCCUGCCCCCCGGGCUCAGAGCCAGGAUCCUCCGGGCUGGAAGUAGGCAGCCUCCUCCUGCCCCUGCUGCUGCUGCUGCUGCUGCUUCUGUGGUACUGCCAGAUCCAGUACCGGCCCUUCUUCCCCCUGACGGCCACUCUGGGCCUGGCCGGCUUCACCCUGCUCCUCAGUCUGCUGGCCUUUGCCAUGUACCGCCCGUAGUGCCUCCACGGGCUCUUGGUAGUGCUGCUGGCCCCUCUGGACAUUGCUCCCCGCGCCGUGGUGGGAGCUGCUGUUUGCCCAGACCUGCCUCUCCGGCCUGCCUCUUCCCACUAACCUGGACCCCAGCCCUGCGCCGCAGAGGACUCCGGGGGCUGGCGGAGGCCCCUCCCUGCGACCUCCACGGCUCUGGGCCACCUCCUGGGACUGCUGGCCCUCAGCCCCCACUGACGGUAGGCUCCUCAGGGUCAGGCACCUGCUGUCACUGCCUGGGCCCUGGGCAGAGCCGGGCAACCUCCCUGGGCCCGUCUUAGUGUUCUGUCUGAGGACCCAGCCACCUUUUGUCCCUGACAGCUCCUUGGGCUGAUUUAGGGACCCAAGAACAGUGGAAGGCUGGCGAAGGGGAGCUGGGAGGGGCAGAAGAGUUCUUGGAACCUGUGCAGAUUAAAGUAACUGUGAAGUUUUC